GACAGGUUAGGCAGGCUGUGCAGAAAGAGCCAGGGCAGCCUUAUAAGUAUUUCGGCAGGUGGCUGAGGUGCCAGGUGGAACUGAGAGGAUGGUAGACAGUGUGUAUCGGACCCGCUCCCUGGGAGUGGCAGCUGAGGGGCUCCCGGACCAAUAUGCCGAUGGGGAGGCAGCACGGGUCUGGCAGCUGUACGUAGGUGACACCCGAAGCCGUACAGAUGAGUACAAGGCCUGGCUCCUGGGGCUGCUGCACCAACACGGCUGCCAACAUGUGCUCGACGUGGCUUGUGGCACCGGGGUGGACUCCAUCAUGCUAGUGGAAGAGGGCUUCAAAGUGACCAGUGUGGACGCCAGUGACAAGAUGCUCAAGUAUGCCCUGAAAGAACGAUGGAACCGUCGUCACGAAGAAGCCUUUGACAAGUGGGUCAUUGAAGAGGCCAACUGGCUGACCCUGAAAAAGGAUGUGUCCCUGCCAGCAGAGGGGGGCUUUGAUGCUGUUAUCUGCCUAGGGAACAGUUUUGCCCACUUGCCAGACUGCAAAGGUGACCAGAGCGAGCAUAAAUUGGCCCUAAAGAACAUUGCAGGUAUGGUUCGGCCUGGAGGGUUACUGGUUAUUGACCACCGAAACUAUGACCACAUUCUCAGCACUGGCUGUGCCCCAUCUGGCAAGAACAUCUACUAUAAGAGUGACCUCACUAAGGACAUCACUACAUCAGUGCUGACUGUGAACAAUAAGGCUCACAUGGUAACCCUGGAUUAUACCGUCCAAGUACCUGGUGCUGGGCAAGAUGGCAGCCUUGGCUUGAGUAAGUUCCGUCUCUCGUACUAUCCUCACUGCCUGACGCCCUUCACAGAGCUUCUCCAGGAAGCCUUCCAGGGGCAGUGCCAGCAUAGUGUCCUUGGAGACUUCAAACCUUAUAAGCCUGGCCAAUCCUCAGCACCAUGCUACUUUAUCCACGUUCUCAAGAAGACUGGAUGAACCAGCACCAAAGCAUUUCAUAAACCCACCAGAGUCCUUCCAAUAAACAGGAUUAACCUACAAGGGAAAGUCUAGAAUGGAGGCUUGUGAAGUCCUGAGGAGAUGAUGUGCCCUGGGCCUCAUCUUUGGUCUGGGGACAAAUAAUAUACAAUCAGUGCCUUUUCUGUUUCUAUGUGUGUUGAGAGCCCUUGCCCUCCCCUUAGGCCACUGAGACAUCUUUCAGCUGCCCCCUCAUCAGCUCCUCUCCAGAUCCAGACCCUCUAAGCUUGCAUCCCAUCCUGCUCCAUGGACAGAGAAGAGAGAGCUUGGGAAUAAUCGGUGUGGGGUUUGAAUCAUGGCAUGGGACUUUGGACAAGUUGCUUAACUUUUUUUGAGGGCUUGGUUUCCUCAUCUGUAGAGUGAGGAGGUUGGACAAGAUUUCUCGGGUCUCUUCCAGCUAUUAAUUAUAUGAUUCCUAUUGUCA